AUGCCGACGACUCCACCUCCCCCCGUCGCCAACCCAUCUCUCGGCACCCUCGAGCGUCUACCCGCCGAGUUGCGCAACCACAUCUACCAACUCGCCAUCGACACCGAGUACGAGCUCGAGGCAGCCUACAACAAGCCAUGUCGCCAGCGCCAAAGCCUCCAUCUAGUCUCGAAGCAAAUCCACGCCGAGACCAAGGGCUUCCUAGUAGAUGCGAAAGCACGACCGUGUCCGCAUGUCAACUUCGCCGUCACGAUUACCGAACUCCCGGAGACCCCAAGCGCCUUGAGGAUGCUCGAGGGAAUCGCCCAGCAAACACAUCCGGCACACGACAUCGCAAGCCCAGACAGUCCGCUUCGUCACUGGACAUCUCGCCGCCGACGCUCCACUUGA